AUGGAUCACUGUUAUGAUAAUGAAUCUGUGAGCUUCUUCUACAACCACAGUGGGAAGCAGCUGAGUCUGUACUGGCAGCCCAAGGAUGUGGUAAUGGUGGUCCUGGGUCUUACCGUCAGCGUAGUGGUUCUACUGACCAACCUACUGGUCAUCGUGGCCAUAAUUUCCAACCGGCGGCUACACCUACCCAUUUACUAUCUGCUAGGGAACCUGGCUGCAGCUGAUCUGUUUGCAGGAUUGGCCUACCUGUUCCUCAUGCUGCACACAGGCCCCCACACAGCCCGGCUCUCAGUGAGGGUCUGGUUUUUGCGGCAGGGUCUGCUGGAUGCUAGCCUCAGUGCUUCUGUUGUCAACCUGCUGGCCAUUGCGGUGGAACGGCACCGAAGUGUCAUGGCGGUGCAGCCACUAAGCCUCCUACCCCGAGGCCGUGUGCUGCUGCUCAUGGCAGGCAGUUGGGUAGUUGCACUGGGCCUGGCACUUUUGCCCUCCUACUGGAACUGCUUGUGUGACCUGGACCACUGUGCCCGCCUGGCCCCACUCUACAGCCGCACCUUCCUGACUGCCUGGGCCCUUGGCAACCUGCUGGCCUUCCUGCUUAUGGCAGCUGUCUAUGCACGUAUCUUCUUCUAUGUGCGAAGGCGCAUGAAUCGCAUGUCACAACACGCUGGCUUCCACCCACGCUACCGUGAGACCACAGUUGCUCUAGUCAAGACAGUGGUCAUCAUUUUGGGGGCAUUUGUGAUCUGCUGGACACCUGGCCAGGUGGUAUUGCUUCUGGAUGGGCUAGGCUGUGACUCAUGCAAUGUUUUAGUUGUGGAGAAGUACUUCUUGCUCUUGGCUGAGGCUAACUCACUGGUCAACCCAGUCGUAUAUUCAUGCCGGGAUGCUGAGAUGCGCAGCACCUUCCGCCGUCUACUCUGUGGCUGCUUGAGGAGCUCUUCUCACCACAUGCCCCGAAAUGGGCCAAGGCCUGGAAUGAGGGUCAAUCUUCCUGACAGUGGCCAUCCCCUGGUGGAUUCUUCCCUUUAGCUGUCUCUACACCAAUGGGACAGGACAGAUAACUGUGAUUGGGAUGGGCACUGACUGCUGUGA